AAUUCUAUUUUCAACCCGAAUUUAGUGAAUUUAGCUUUUGAUUCAAGUUCCAACUAUCAAAUUUAAGUAAUUGACACUCGUCAAAAGUUAUUUCAAGAGGCCAAAAGUUCAGAAUCUCUUGAUAAAUUAUCUAACUGACCUUCAACACCAAAAUAGAAGUUAAUAGAACACGAAAAAUUUUGUUUACGUUGUUAAAGUGCAUGUUAACAACACGAAAGAUUACGUAAAGAGAAGUUUUGAAAAAUAUUCUUAUUAGAAAAGUUCAGUUUUUAAGUGGAUUUUUUCAAUUUUUGUCAGUUCAAGGGUAAUUUUUCGGCAAAUUACUUGCGCGUAAAUUAAUUUUUACAAAGAAAACCGCCGAUUGCACUGAAAUUUAGAGGCAAAUCGUGAUCCAGUGACCUUUUCUCAAUAAAUAUUUUGAAUCGAAGCUGCGUUAUUCUCCGUACGAUGCUCAUUAAUGCACUCUCUAAUACAGUCAUUUGCAUAAUUACGUAGUAAAAUUAUCAAUGAAACAACAAAAAGAUGGAGAGAAGUAACGGACACACAAAAAAUUAUCAGAAAUUCACGUUUUAGUCAUCGUCAUUGUCGAAUCGCUGCGUCGUCGUUGUCGUGUCGGCACUUUUUUCAUCUCUUUUCAUUAUGCUCUUGUAUCGAUUCCUCGUUGGACGUAGAUUUUUUAGUAGUGAGCUUUGUAGAAAAAUUGAUUUGCACACAAUGGGAUUCGAGGCGAUGGAUUUUGUCGUGCGACAUUCGUCGAAAAUGUCCUGUCAACCGAUCGCGACACCAAAAAGUGACUGUUUGAGCUACGAGAAAGCAAUUAAUGCCUUAAAUAAUCUUCUUCCGAACUCGGAAUUCCUGAAAAAUUCCGUGGUAAUUCAGCAACGUGGCAAAGAAUCUCUCAAUUUGGUCGACACGGAGAAAUAUUUGGUGCGGGCGGGCAUGACAAUCGAAGAUCUGAAGAAACUUAAAGUAAUUCACAUUUCCGGUACAAAAGGGAAGGGUUCAACAUGCGCCUUAGUUGAAUCAAUUUUACGACAUCACGGACUUCGCACAGGCUUUUAUAGCUCACCACAUUUGGUUUCCGCGACGGAACGGAUUCGCCUCGGAGGGCUUCCAAUCUCAAAAGAGAGCUUUGCGAAAUAUUUUUGGACAAUUUAUCGAAGAUUGGAAGCAAAUGCGACUCAUGAAGGUGACUUCCCUCCUUACUUCAAAUUUCUCACAAUUAUGUCAUUUUACGUCUUCUUGAACGAAAACAUCGAUGUUGCGAUCUACGAAGUGGGCAUCGGAGGACAAUAUGACUGCACAAAUAUCCUCCCAAGCACAAAAACUGUCGGAAUUACGUCAUUAGGACUUGAACAUACGCAAAUUUUGGGAAAUACUUUAGAGGAAAUCGCCUGGCAAAAAGCGGGAAUCAUCAAAAAUGGCUCGGAUGUCUUCACUGUGCAGCAACAAGAGAACGUUUGUGUCGACGUUAUUCGAGAAAGAGCUGAAGAAAGGGAUUCCAAGCUGUUUUUAGUGCCUGAAUGGAAAGAUUACGUUUGGAGCAGGAAGCCAAAUGUCGAUUCGUUGAACGAAAUCAAGGUCCAACAGUUGAACGCCUCUCUGGCUAUUCAAUUAGCGCUUAAUUGGAUGCACAAGAAUGUCGAUGGGAGUCAAGAGCCGUACAAAAUCGUCACAAAUUUGAAUGAAAAUGUCAUCAGAGGUCUUGAAAGGUGUUUCUGGCCUGGAAGAUGUCAACUUUUGCAGUACGAGAACAAAAACUUCUACUUAGAUGGCGCCCACACUUAUGAAAGCAUCCAAGUUUGCUCGAAUUGGUUCUCAAACAGCACAAAAAGCAACAAAAACAAGAAAAUACUCAUUUUUAACAUGACAGGUCCGCGCCAAACGUCGGAAAUGAUGACGUUGUUAAUGAAAGCCAUCAAAUUCGACGUUGUCUUUUUCGUGCCGAACGUUGCUUCAGUGACAAACACAACUCCUGACAUCAUAACGAGUGACGAUCAACUAGAAAGAUGUCGUGACAACGAAAAAAUCUGGAAUCAGAUAAUUUUGCAAAAUAAUAAUAGCACGAAUGUAGUGACAAAAGUCCUGCCAAGCAUCUUUGACGUCAUGAAGUUCAUCGAUACGAAUUUGUGUUCGAAAAAAAUCGAACUUGCCGAGCAGGAAUUGGAUAUUUUAGUAACAGGUUCCUUACAUUUGAUCGGAGCGUGUCUCAUGGGACUCGAAGAGUACGACAAACGUUUCAGGAGUAAUACUCAAAUUUAGUUGUUUAGUUUGUAGGAAGCCUCCAAGAGGAUUUUUGUUUAAUUUUUGGUUAGAUUUUAAAUAAAAAAUAAAGUUUAAA